GAUCGGUUUGCGCCUCCGCAGUCGCUCACCUUUGCGCCACCGCCCAUGUCGCCGCCGCGUGCGGCUGCUUCAGUGCCAAAUGAUGCCACCGGCGACGACGCCUAUGCCAGGCGACUGGCAUUGUCAGGCAUGGCACCGCCUUCCCCUCCGCCACCUUCCCAUCCCGCUCCUCCUCAACCCCCCACCACCACAACCACCGACAGGGCAACCAUCUCCCGCGCUCCGGUCCGCUACUCCCCGCCUCCGCCACCGCCGCAGCCCGACGAAGUGGACAUACAAGACGACUACGACCCAGAAGUAGACUACUCCUCCAUCCCCCUCCCUCCUCCUGCACCACCCACCACAACGAAUACCAUUGACCCCGACGAACAACAAAAUCGCACCACCCGCCCCGGUCAAAAAGACUUUGCCCGCCGGCUCAUGGCCAAAUACGGUUGGACCAAGGGAAGCGGCCUGGGCGCCUCCGCGUCCGGCAUCACCUCGGCGCUGCGCGUGCAGGUCGAGAAGCGCCGGCGCAAGCCCGAUGCCGAAGGAGGCGGGUUCGCUGACCCUAAAGGCGGGCGGGGAAGGAUUAUUGCGCCUAAAACAUCCAUCACCGCCACCAACCCUCAUCAUAAUAACGAUAAAGGUGGUGGUAAGGAACAAGGCCGAUUCGGCAAGAUGUCGGUUGUCGUGCUGCUCGAGCACAUGCUGGAUAACAUGGCCGACCUGGAGUCGGAGGUCGAGGCCGGGCUGGGCCAGGAGAUUGGCGAGGAGUGUGGGGAGCGGUACGGGCGGGUGGAGAGGAUUGUUGUGGAUGUCGAGGGGAGGAGGGUGUUCAUCAAGUUCGUGGAGGGGGUUAGUGCGUUGAGGGUGAGUACUACAAAUUCCUUCCGUUUGUUUCAUUCUACCUGUUUUUCUUUUCUUCCAUCCAUUCUUUAGUCAAACCCCCCGGUUACUCCCUCAUUGUGCCUUGAUGAGCAGUUGUCGUUGUUGUUAGAGCAUGGUGCUAACGGUGUGGUGCAGGCUGUUAAUGCGCUUGAAGGGAGGAUAUUCAACGGGAAUUCGAUUGUGGCGAGGUUCUAUGACGAGGAGAGAUUUGAGGAGGGGAUAUACUAUGAUAAAUAACGCGGUGAGAUGAGCCGUAUUUGGUCCCGCUGCUUAAGAGGCAA